AUGGAAAACCUAUUGAAACCAGAAAGAUUUGAUAUUGACCCUGCAUGCGUUGGAGCGGAAUCUAAAUGGAAACACUGGAAAAGACCUUUUUCAAAUUUUCUCACACAAGUGAAGGAGGCAACUGAAGAAAGAAAACUACAGCUGUUAUGCAAUUUCGUAUUUGCAAGUGUUUAUCAAUAUAUUAAUGAUUCACAAUCUUAUGAUAAUGCAAUUAAUGUUUUGGAUUCAUUGUACAUUGCUAAAAGAAAUGAAAUAUUUGCCCGGCACUGUUUAGCAUCCAGAUUUCAACAAACGGGUGAGUCUGUAAAUGAAUAUUUACAAAUAUUAAAACAGUUGAGCAAGGAUUGUGAAUUUAAGGCUGCUACUGCAGAAGAAUAUAUACAUGAGUAUAUUAGAUAUGCAUUCAUCCGAGGUUUGAAGAACCCACGCAUUCGAGAACGGUUGUUAGAAAAUGCCCGUAUUUCGUUAGAAAAAUUUUAUGAUCAACCUAGAGCUUUAGAACUUGCUGAGCAUUAUUCUGCCUCAUAUUUAACAUCUUCCUCAGCACCGGUAGCUGCUGUUGAACAGUGUGAGAACAAAAAUGACGAUAGUGAACAAUUGGCAAUAGAUCCAAAAAAUGUUUCUUUUGUGGCAGAGACCUUCAUUUACGAAGUAUUUGCCCAGCUAAGGAAUGCAAUAUGUCGAGAAUGUGGUAAAACAGGCCAUUACCAAAACAGGCCAUUGCAUGCAAAUCCAAACUUGUACACAGUACUAUUAAUUACACAGCGGCAGUUUAUACACUAG